UUAACCACUUGCCUUCCAGAGGUUUUACCCCCCCCCCCCCCCUUCCUGACCAGGCCAUUUUUUGCGAUACAGCGUUGCAUUACUUUAACUGACAAUUGCGCGGUCAUGCAAUGCUGCACCCAAAUUAAAUUUGUCAUUUUUUCCCCACAAAUAGUUUUCUUUUGGUGGUAUUUUGCCAGGGUGUUUUUAAUUUUUUGUGCUAUGAAAAAAAAAAAGACCGACAAUUUUGAGAAAAAAAAAACAAUAUUUUUGACUUUUUGCUAUUAAACAUUUUUGUCAUAAAUUUAGGCCAAAAUAUAUUUUGCUACAUGUCUUUGCUA